AUGCCAUAUUCACCGCCUUCCUCUGCGUUCACGGCGGUUGAUGUGCCACUAUUCAGGCGUCCCACGCCAGGUGACAACUCUGCCUCUGUGUCUACACACCAGAGCAAACGACACACCCGCACACACUCUGCAAACAUGCUCAACUUUUCUGAUGAGCGUGGGCCGGGCGCCCACAAGCCACUCCGAGGCCUUCCUCGCCGCGCAAAGCCGAGUCCGGCCCCGGUGCUGACCGAUCCCUCGAGCGCGAUGGCGGCGACAGCAUCGGCAACGACGGCCGACGCGUCCACACCGCGCUCCAUGGCGGCCUUUGGCCCACCCACAAUACCUCGUUCUUCCCGCACUCGGCCAAAGUUCAGCGUGGGAGACGACGACUCGUCUGAGAGCAACAGUGCGAGCCCGAAAGACAGCCCGUCUGCAGAGAACGGCCCUCGCCAGGCCUCGACAGACCAAUGGUCUUCUGCCAGCACAGCCCCCAAGGGCCUUUCGAUCGACACUUCGUCCGUGUACAAGGAAGAAACCCCUUCGGUCACCGUUCCAUUCCCUCUCCUUUCCCCCGAACCAGCCACGGCCGAACCCCCCACCCGCCGCGCCGCAAUACUCCCCCUGGGCUCAUUCGCCCAGUUUACGUCGUCGUUUGCUAACGGCAUCCAAAAUGACGACAUGCCUACGCCCGUGCCUCGAUCCUUGUCCUCUUCAAUGUUGCCGGCAUCUCCGUCCCCUUCCCCCGUCCCGGCUCUUCUUAGCCCCCGUCUGCUUCCCGUCGGCGCCCAAAAGAAUUUGUCACUCAAUGGUUCCAGCCACGGUCGUUCGGCCUCUAUGGCCGACGCUGGUCUCGAUAGGUCACGGUCCUCUCCUCCCGCAUCGGGCGCCACGACCCCCGUUAUCCGCAAGUCCAAUGGCCAGCCACUCAAGCCAAGCCUCAAGUCUUCCCUCAGCUCUCCCAACAUCUCGUCCAUGAACGAGCCGAGGAGGAUUGCCAAAAGUGCUCCCACAACCCCGCGGGUCCACUUCAAAGAGCUAGGUCUGGAGUCGGUCAGGACAUUUGACAAAGGCGCGCGUCCGAUUACUGUAUCCGGCGAGUACAAUGGCGCAGACGAUACAGAAACAGAAACCGAGCCCGAAAACGGCAAGGGUUACCCUUUCCCCCAGGUCUCUUCCACCCAGGCCUUCGUCCGACUUGCCCCAACCACUUCACAACUUGCUUUCCAGCCACCCCCGCAGUCAUACGUCCAUCUCCAAUAUCUAUCCCUGCCAGCCAUACGCCCACCCCGCCUCCAUGGCACCAUUCUUGUUCGCAACGUGGCCUUUGGAAAAACAAUCGUUGUCCGAUAUACAACAGACAACUGGGAGACCGCAAGCGAAAUCAACGCGUCGUACAGCUCGAGUCUUCCACCUGGCAUCGUGCCUGGCUCAAUUGAUGCUUCAUGGGACAAGUUUACGUUUACCAUCAAGCUCGAUGACAUUGAACGAAGCUUGCCCGAUCGCACCCUGUUCUGCGUGGUCAAGUACGAUGCGCAUGGCGUAGGCGAAUGGUGGGAUAACAAUCAAGGCCAAAACUACCGCGUCGAAUUCGAGCGCCCGGAAUCGAACGGGCUCGGUCUCACCAACCCAUCCAAAUCUGGAGAUCAGUCUUCUGCACCCAGAUCAUUCAAUCCUCUUACAUACCAGACCAGCUCCCCCACGCCCCCGCCACCUACGACCAAGCCGCGCUCGUACUCGACAUCAGUCGUCGCUCCCCCUCCACCCAUCAAAGCGCCUCCUGCUCCGCUAUCCACUGGGCCCCAACCGCAUUUACUCGGCUUACGUUUAUCCAAUUAUGUAAGCCCUUCAGCAAACGUGCCCAAGAUUCCUGCACUACCAAAGCCUGCGGAGAAGAAGGAAGAGCCGCGGGAGGUGGACAGUUUUAGCCCGCCGUCUUCUCCAGAACAUGUCAAACGCCCAUUGGAGCUUCCGGAGAGCGACUUUGGGGUGGAUUUUCACAGUGAGGUAUAUACCCCGCUCGCUGAGCCAUUGAAGAUGCCUGUUACCAUUACCCCGCCAGACUCAGCUCACAACUCACCUUCCUCCUCGCCCACGAUGAAACGCCAGCCCUUGCUACCUCCCCCGUCAUUGCCUCAGUCGAACGACAAUGGCCUCCUUUCCCCAUCUUCAUCUCCCUCCCAGUCGCUACUAAUUACAAGCCCAUCGAGCCCUUCUAAGGCCGGUGCUAAUCAGGCUGAACAGCCCACGGAAGAUGCUGCCGAGGAACAAAAUUCGCCCAGCUCUCCGCCUUGUUUCCUUGACCAAGCAUACUCGGAGCUUGUCAGUCGUGUGUGUUUCCAUCAUUCGUCCCCUGGAGGCACCCCUCCCUAUGGACUGGGCGUGGUCACACUGUCUCCCAAGGGAGGCUCUCCUGUUGGAUCUGGUGCCAGCUCGCCAGCAACUACCAGCAAGAAUGGGCUUCCUCGCGGAGGAAGUUACGUGCUCGGCACGACCCCCACAUUCAUCAAAUGA